UUGUUAUUUCGCAAACGACCACUAUCACUAUCACUAUCAGAAAAAGAAAAAGAAGAAGAAAAAAAAGAUAUACAAGUAAGAAGUGAGAUUCAACGACACGGGCGAGCUGUACGAGAAGAUUACGCUUUAUUAUAUGGAGCCACAUCUCUCUCUAUGCAAACACGUAUGUUUCUCGCCACAACUCGUUUAGGUCUUGUGGAAAUAAUUAAAUCCAUAGAAUCUUCACAAUUACAUUUAUAUGAAAUUAUUCGGGAUGGUAGACCUUGUCAUUUUUAUUUGGAUGUGGAACGGGAAAAGGAUUACUCCGCUUGGCAUCCUGUUGUCGAUAUAACGGAUAUUCCUAGUAGUAGUAGUUCUUCUUCUUCUCUUAAUAAUGAUAGUGAUAAUGAUAGUGAUAAUAAUAAUAAUAAUAAUAAUAAUAAUAAUAAU